AUGAGGCAAGCUCGAUCGUCUUUCAACUCGCAAAAUGACGAAAACGCACGACUGGAACGCCGAAGAAAUCGAUUUGCUAAUGAAUCAACGAUUCAAUCAAGCAAAUCAAACAUCGAUCCGGACCAACCAUUGAUAGGUACAUGUGAAACAUUAGAGAAAAGCUAUCUUCGUCUGACAAGUGCACCAGAUCCUUCAAUAAUUCGACCAUUAUAUGUACUUGAAAAGGCAUUUCCGUUUAUUAUGGAUAAAUAUAAAGCAAACGAUGAUUGGUCGUAUGUAAGCAGUCAGUUGAAAAGUAUCCGACAGGAUCUGAUGGUUCAAUGUAUACGAAACAAUUUUACGGUGCGAGUUUACGAAGAAAAUGCUCGACUUGCACUUGAAAUGGGUGAUCGUGAUCAAUUUGUUCAAUGUCAAACUCAAUUAGAAGCUUUGUAUGACAGUGAUGAUUGCACUCGAAGUAACCUAGCUGAAUUUCUUAUCUAUCGUUUACUCUAUUCGUUGCUAAUCAAUGAUUAUAAAAGAGUGAAUCGAAUCUUAAUCGAUAUUAAUCGAGUGACGAAAACAGAAGACUUGAAUACAACUCUGCAGUUCUGUUCCGCUUUUCGCCGAAAGAAUUACAUGCAACUGUUCGUAUUCUACAAAUCCUUGCCAAGACUGGCUCAAUGCUUAGUCAAUCUCUUUCUGGAUAUUUAUCGUAAGCAAAUCAUCGAAAUUCUCAUAUGGGGGUUUUCUCCAACAUUUCCAAUGGAAGUUGUGACAUCGAUGUUAGCAUACGACUCGGAUGAACUCUGUCAGGAACAUCUUCGUUCACUUGGCAUCAAAUUUACUCCGGAUAUCCCAAUGGCUAUUGAUUGUAAAACAAUUUGA